UUUCGUGUAUAUUAAUACGGUCGCGCAUGGUGCACGCUAUUAUUGGAAUCAAUGCCCGAUCUAUUUAUUCAUCGAAACUGUGAUACCGGAGAUCUCAAUUGAAAUUGAGUUACGCCGAUUUAGACGAAACAGCUUGAAAACAGGCUCUUUAAAAUUUUCACGCCGUGUAGAAAUCUUCGUUUUAUUCGAUUUGUUUUUUAUUCGUCGCGGUCUCGACUCGCCGCCACGUCUUGGCUCAACUGCCAAGUUUUUAAACCUGAUGGUGGUAAAUAAAGUCUUGACAGUUUAACGGUACAUAAAGCUUAUCUUCUACUAUAUGUUCAAGCUUGAAAUUAUACCAUACUUCAUUCUAUUCUUGAACGCUAAAACUUUUGAAUGAGUUUUCAUUUAUUUCUCUGAUAUUUUCUUUUUUCGUCUCGCCGCCCAAGUUUCCGGUAAGGUCUUCAUUGGCAUUGAUAUCGCACGGUUGACGUCUCGUUGUUGAAACCGAACCCAACGAAGGGGUAAGAAAUUAAAAAAAAUUAAGAGACGAGCGAAGUUCACGUAGCAAAAUUAACAACGAUCGCAACGAGUGGAUGACGAAGACGAAUUCUUGAGAUCGGCUUCUCUGCGGAUCGUACAUACUUAGUUUUCUACGAUGUUGAAUUCAGUUGUUACGUGCUAUGAGAUAAUCUGUGGGAUCAGAUUCGCAGAUUCGUUUCGGAGAAUAGCGGAGAUGUGAAGAUGUGAACUGUUAUUGGAGUGAGGGAUCCAUGAUCUUUGAUCUAAAAUGCUCACAUGUACGAUGUGUACGUGGCCUCAGGAGUCGCGUGAGUCAUGAAAUUUCUGAACCUCGUAUGUUCGAACUUAAACUCGGAUAGAAUUAUGAAUGACUUGCAAACGUGAAUGCGAUACGACGAUGGAAAUAAUCGUUGAUCAUGCGGCACGUGGUGUAGUGUGUGAUCAAAUUCAUAAUUAAAUGUUUCAAGUGGGUUAAUGACAAUAUCACGCCAUGUGUAAUAUACGAACGUAUCUUUAUACUUUUUACAAUGAGAGAACGUUCAUUGUCAGAACUGAUCGUGUUCGCGUUGCAUAGUAUUUUCGAGAGAGUUUUUUCUUCAUUUUGUUAGAAUAAUAAAUGCUCGAAAAUAAUUUAAUUAUUCUUAUUUUCCGACUGUGCAGAGAUCAUUCGUGACGAUAGUUGCUGCUGACGUAGAAUUGUCUGAACUCGGACGUCACGUUUGGUCAAGAAUCACGUUUUAACUAUGACAUUGAAAUGCGGGCAAUCGUUUAGAACAAAACCAAAGCAUCUAAAUCAUCAAUAGAUUGCAACGAAGUUAAGAAUAACGUUGGAGAGGAUGGUACAAGAUGCAGCCUAAAAGUGUUCUGGUUUCUUACAUAUUGAAUUCUACAAAAAACCCCUUCAGCAGUUCCGGUACCAUGAUUUCGAAGGAUUGGGUUCUGGCUCAUGGCACGUUGCUAGAGCCACUGGUAUCGCACAGUGAUGAAUUACGCUCUGUUACCGAUGAUUUGGGGGUGGGUAUUUUGACGAAGAACGAAUCAGAAAAAUCUUUGGUAUUUUCCGUCUCCUGGGAAGUCAAAGCUACCGACUUCAACGACCCGCCAUGCUGCGGGGCAAAGGUCUUUCCUAACGUGAACAAAAGUUCAAAGGAAGAUUCUUGUCAGAGAUCUGAAACUUUCAUGACGAAAAAAGCGCGAUUAGUUGCAGCGUGGAAAUGUCCAUUGCUCGUUGAAGCUUUCGAGGGUAUUCUUUCGUCAUGGCGGUUUUCCGAAUCACCGAGAGAUGACAAAGUGGCUGUAGCCGACAAGGACCUUUUUCCAUUAUUUCUACUCCUUAAAAUCGAAGAAAAUGGUGUCACAAAAUCGUCAAAUCUAGCAGAGCCCUUAGAAGUGCUUAAAAAUUUUGCCAAGUCUUUGGUUACAUCGCAAAGAGGACAACAAAUAGAAAUCGAAUCCACACCAUUUGGAAAUCCUGUGUUUAUGAACUCUGUGGCUAAUGGAGUUGUCAGCAACGUUCUGGGACCCGCAAAAUCUAUUCUUUUAACUGACGCUAACGCCGUUAUCGGUUGUGAAGGUGGGCCGAUUUUUGUCAGCUACAAAAGCGGGCAGAGAGCAGUUUGCGGCAUGGUACUCGCCCCGCUGAGUUGGUGUCGGGGUGAAUGGGUCGGCUAUACACUGGGGGUUAGUCUGCUUCCGUGUUUACAUCGAAUCUUGAAUACUCUCGACGAAAACAACAAUUUUCACACCCCACCAGCUUCUGAUCCAGAUAUAGUCGAACUCAUCGACAAAAGUGUCGUCGUCGUCAGAUGUGGGGCUGGUUGGGGCUCGGGCGUUCUGGUAGACAAGAAAACUGGAACAUUCUUGACCUGCUCACACGUCGUUCGUGAGGCACCUAACAGCAGGAUUACAAUACGCAAUUGCAAUUUUUCCGCACGAGGUGAAUUAGUCUACAAAACAGCUACGGACAAAUCAUAUGAUCUUGCAAUCGUUCGUGUAGAUCCUCAAGAAUUAUCAUCGAUGGAGAAUGUUUCCAUGCGCACGGCGAUUAUACGCAAAAAUAUUUUCAUUCAAGGAGACGAGGUCGUUUGUUCAGGAUUUCCGUUGAUUUCCUCGCGAGAGCAGCCCUUGAUACUACCGACUAUAACUCGAGGGAGAGUGUCUCGCGUAUCGGCCGGGAUGUUGCAGACGUCCUGUUGUAUUCAAAGCGGAAUUAGUGGAGGCCCGGUUAUUGCUUAUCCAACUGGUGCACUCCUGGGGAUCGUGGUUUGCAAUGCAACAUCUGCAGGUAGCAAAGCUCUUUUUCCACGUGUCAACAUGGCAGUUCCUGUCACGGUCUUCAGGGAUCCGAUAACGGAAUACCUUCGGACUCAAGAUACCUCCAAACCUCUGUCGUCUAACGAAGUUACCUCCUGCAUAUACUCGCCGAAUGAAACCGGUGUCGAAAUAAUGAAGUCACACCAUGCUGCAAAACCCGCUGCUUACCUUCCACGGAAAGCCGGUCUACGUCUGCUAGUUUUUAAUUUUUUAAUGAAUUAUAAUACAUGUAGAGUUAAUGAUUAGAAACGAUAAAAUACGUGGAGUAUUUAUCAGAAUAAUUGUGACAAUAUUCUACAUUGGAAGACGUACCUAUAAGAUGAAAUAUAUUGUAAAAUUUAAACAUGGCAAUGAUUAUGUUCGAGUGGAAGGAAAGUCGAAUAUUGUAUUUAUAUGUAUUCUACAUCGACUACUUCUCAAUAAAAAAAAAAGCCCUUA